AUGCCUUCCUCGCUGAAAGUCUUCCUGAUGCUCUUCGUCCUCGGCCUCUUUGCAUUUUUGCUCGUGAAGUGGCGCUCAGACACCGCUGGUCUGCGACAGUACUCGCCUUCCCCGCAUCGUCUCUGGGAGACUUCUUCACCGACAUCCCCAGAUAUCGACCAUGUUUCCUCCAUCAACUACCCCACUAGAAAAGCUCAAGCCUCUGACCCCGGCGGCCCGGCUCAGGCACAAUGCCAUCUCAACAAAGCGCGAUCGAAAGCACGCAUCAACAAUGCGCGUGCGGGUCCAAGGGCCGAUGAGCACCGAAUAGAAAAGGCAGCCUCUGCGAUGCUCGCAUCCAAACGAAGUAUGCCCUCCUCCUUCGAACUUCUGCCAUCCGAAAUCAUCGAGCGCAUCGCCGAGCACACGAAGGACGAUCUGGAACACGGCUCCACCCUUGCCCUUACGAAGACAUGCCGCCGCUUGCAUGACAUAACUGUGCGGACGCUGUACCACUCAAUCUACAUAGACACCUGUGACGCCUCGGAGUGUGGCAUCCUCUAUACCCUGAUCGACAAUCCGCACUAUGCUUCUCUGGUUCGGACCAUUGAAUUCGGUCCUUGGACCACCUGGGGGCCCGUUGCGAACGACCCCCGCAUCUAUCUUCCCGGCCUGGUGUGCGAUGCGCUGGAGAGUAUGCCGCUCCUUCAGUCCAUCAUUCGACCGCACGGCUGCGCAGAGCCGAUCCUGGCCAUGCCUUCUCUCGUAUUUACACACCUUCGUUCCAUCACUCUCCGGAGCCUCACGCCUGACACGGUCACCUUCGUCGCCAAACACGCCCCACAGCUACGGGCCCUCACUGUGAAUUCCGGCCCAGCACUCCCCCUACUGGUGGACGCACCUGCUCUGCAUAUCUUGGAGGGGAACUGCUUGGUCGUCGCUGUCGUUUGUCCAGCAGCACCCCUCCUUACGCACCUUCAAAUCAAGCAUCAGGAGGAGGAUGACCCAUCAGUUUCGUCAAUGCUCGCAACCGUCGGUAUUCACAUGCCCACCCUCCGCCUGAUGAAGAUCGUGUCGUGGUGUAUAUCAGGAGACGCCUCGCUCAUGGACAGCAUUGCACGCUUUUCUCCGAAUCUAGUCUCUCUCGCGCUGUCGCUCGAAGCGGAUUGGGUGGGCCGAGGGGGGCCUGAGGGGCGUGAUUGUAAGCCUGAGAUCUUAAUUUCCACCAUCGAAAAAGCGCUCCCCCACCUACCACACCUCUUCCACUUCGAAAUCUCGCAGCAACUCGGAUUGUACGCUUUCCGCCUCGGCGGGGAGGUCCUCUCCGAGUGCAAUUACUUGGUACAGUUGGACGUCGAAGAGGCAUGGGUAAGGAGAUGGGGCGCGGCCUCCUCAACGAUCAGCGUCUGCACCCUUCCGGCGGCGCGCUGGUGGCGUCUGUCGCGCGACUUGUGGGUGCCCGUUACGAUUACCGUGCCGGUGGGCCGUGUGGAUUUCAUGGAUCGUGUGGGGCUGAGCCACUUGUCCGCGUGGACGAGGCGCAGAACGGCUGCGGACAGCAGUGAUAUCGCCAGCGCGAGUAUGCAUCGACGGAAGGAGAUUAGAGAGGGCACGUCCAUAUUUGCGCGCAGGCUGGCUGAGCUCGUGGCGUUGAAUGAGGAGAUUGCUCAGGAUUUUGACGUAAGAUUGGUUGUGUAG